AUGACCAGUGUUGAUUCCAGUACCUUUCUCUCCGAUGGUGGAUAUCUACAAAAAGGGAUAGAGAAGAAUAUCAAGCCAGAAGACCUCGGCAAUAUUGCCCAAUUUUUACCUCCAUCAAGAUGGUAUCGUGACGAGAAGGUCUUCCAGUUGGAGAAGCGCGCAUUGUUUUCGACGCUAUGGCAUGCAGCAAGUUUCAUUGGCAGAUUCAAAAAGGCUGGAGAUUACUUGUCAGUGCAGAUGUUUGGAUGGGACCUGUUCUUAAUUCGAGAUAAGGAUGGUAACAUCAGUGCAUUCCAUAACAUCUGUCGACAUCGAGGCUACCCGGUCGUGACAAAAGAGAGUGGAUCGAGUACAGUUUUGGCAUGUCGAUUCCACGGCUGGUCGUACUUACCAAGCGGUCAAUUGCAUAAAGCAAAAGAAUAUAAUGCGUUGGAGGACUUUGACCCGAAGGAGCACUCCCUGUUCAAGAUCCACACACAUGUCACCGCUCAGGGCUUCAUCUUUGUGAAUUUCGAUGCGCGAGAAACACCCGCAGUGAAGUUCGAGGAUCAGUUUGGUGACGAUUUCGAUCCUGCUCCAACUCGGAAGACUGGAAAAGAGGUCGGCGAUGAGUUCAGCCUGUUCCCACCUUCAUCGAGCUGGGAAUACGAUCAUACCUGGGAUAGCUCUAUAGCUGGCACGGCUUUCAACUGGAAGACGUUUGUGGACGGUUUUCAGGAAUGCUACCACUGCCGUACUGGACAUCCAGACACCCUCCCCAAAGACUUCAAACUUGAUCAGUACUAUCUUCGACAGGGCUAUGGGGCUUCGCGACAUUUCCUUCCACCCAAGAAAGAUGAUAUAUCUGAGGCAUAUAUCACCUGGUUAUUUCCACUCUCUGCCAUCACCUUCAGCAAUAAUCUCCUUUUUAUUGUCCGUUUCACGGCGAAUGGAGCUCUUGAUACUUCAUAUCAAAGCGAGACAUAUAGAAGAGCCAGCAUCCCCAAGCCGAGUGCCGAAUAUGACCAGUGGAUGGACGAGGAGAUAGCUUAUUGGCGGUAUGUGGAGAAAGAAGACGUCGAAUUAGCUAUCAAUGCACAGAAGGGAUUCAAAAAUGGGGUCUUGGGGUUGGGUCGCCUUCAUCCUGUCGAAGAGCAUGCAGUUAUAUGGCACAUUGGUAAGAUCAAGGCUAUUCUCGAGAAACAUGCCGAGCUGGAGAAGAAAGAGGGUAGGAACAUUGACUAUGCGAUUCCCAAAGCGCAAAGCGAUGCAGUGGAAUCGGAUCAUCUUUGUCACCUUCUCGGACCAGAGUUUGAUUGGUGA